CAAGCAAUAAAAUUUCAGAGACUGUCACCAAAGACGUUAUUUGUGUAUUGGACACACAAAUUCUGCGAUUCCUAAAAUUGCAAAGAUGAACCUGAUCAGUACAUCUUUUUCUCUGUUCAUGAUUUCCUUUGUAAUCUUGUUGUCCACGUCGUGCCGUUCUGCUAGUGCAAGCAUAGUAAGUGAAGUUUGCAAGAACACAACAGAUCCAAAGUUUUGCACUGAAACGCUCAACGCAGAUCCUCGGAGCAAGACUGCAGAUAAAAAAGGUCUCGUGCGUAUUAUUACCGACAAGGGAUUAGCAAAAGGUAAAGAGGAUUUCGAUCUCAUCAAUAAAUUACUUAAAGAGGCCAGGGAUCCUGCACUCAAACCUUUAUUGGAACAUUGUAAUUUUUGUUACGAUUUACUAUCCAAUAGGGAUUUUUAUGAUGUCAUUGAUGCCUUGAACAAUAACGAUUUCGUUAGUGCAUCGAUUAUGACCACUUCUGCCAUGGAUAAUGCUGUUGAUUGUGAAGAUGGCUUCAAUGGAGCAGGGGUCAAAUCUCCAUUGAAAUCUCAGAACAAAUACAUGGAGGAUUUGUGUUUCUUAUCCAUCGAAAUUUUAGAUAAAAUGAUUAAAAUUAAAGUGUAAUUUUUAGACUUUAUUAGGCAAUUUUUCUGAUAUGCAUUCUUGAGGAGGUCGGUUUUGUUUUCAAGUUUAUUGAAAUUCUGCUCAUUACAAAGAAUAAAAAAUUCUCGGUUGGAUCGGGAUUCACCUCCUUUAUUUUUUGCAUUAUGGUCCUUAAUACACUUUUUCUCUCCC